AUGAUGGCGGGAAGGAAGGAACUCCGAUCCCGUUGUCAUGUGAAAGGGAAGGUGAUUGGGGGUGACACAGCAACACUUCUCAAUCCAAUUGAGAAGAGGGAGGAAGUGAAGAAAAAAGCGAAGGAAAGAGUUCUCUCUUGGCUGUGCCAGAAAGGCGAGGAGACUUUGGCUCGCUUCAAAGUACCGGCAGAUAACCUAACUGGCGUUCGACAUCAGGAGCGACAUUUUGACGAGUUCUAUUUUGUUGCAAUGAAACAUAUCGAGAAGGGGCAAGACUUGUUGUCAGAGGAGGAAGGUAUUGAAACUGAUCCUUCUGGUCCCGCUGGUAUUGGGGAAGUGACCAAGUCCUUGAAGUUGCACCUCCACUCUUUCGGAGAGCGGCUGGAAGCCACUCGGGAACGCCUUGAAGAUACUUCCCGCGUCUAUAAUCUCCUGGAAAGAGUAAAGCAUCUCCCUCCCUUGCUGUUUCCAACUUCCCAGCAUAAAAAUGCUUGUCCAAUUCGCAUGGCCUAUGAGUGGGCGAUGGAGACGAUGAAGUUUGCAUUUCGCUGGCAAGUGGAGGAUCAGGAAAGUGGCCUGGAACCCAUCGUGACGGCUCUCUCGCAGCUGGAUUCCUACCUUUCAGAGCAUCCUCCCAUCACAGAGGAAACCUUCUCAGAAAUGCUCUCUCUGGCACAAAAAUUGGAGAGCUCCAAGAUUUUGGAACAAGUCAAGAUUGCUGAGAAGCGGUGUCAGGAGACGCAAGAAUUGCUGGAGGUGCAACGAGAAGCUUUACUGAAGUCGAAGCACCAGUAUGAGUCUCGCAUCCCUUGUCUUCCAUCCGAGGAUGGGGACCAGCCAGGAACCAAAGUGAACCGAGGACUUUUAGAUUGGGACUUAUUGAGAUUCAGUGGGGCAAAGACUUGUCCGACCUGCGAUCCCCUCCUCGCCCUCCCUUCCCCUAUUGACUCCUCUUCCGCGAAGUGGAACUCGGGGAAAUCGUGGUGUGUUGUCGGUCGACGCUCCUCUUUGCAGUCUUCCUCAGGCUGCGGCUCUGAUCUCCAGCCCGAUGAAUCCGAAGACGGUGCUUCCAAAGACGAGAGUGGAUUCAGCUUUAAUGAAGAUCUUACCUAUGGGAUAGAAGAAGGAAGACGAGAGAGUAGGAUCACUGGCUCUUUAGAUGGAGAUGGAGAUGGGUUUGGGGGGCCUGUUCCAGUCAAUAGCCAUCUUCUUUCCCGCGGUUCCUCUCUAAAUCUCAGUGUUUCCCUAUCUGGUGCUCACGGUCAGGAUUUGAAUGACAAAGACAAAAAGACCCUCCUGAUGAUCAUGAAGGAAAUGAUUCAAACUGAGAGAGACUAUGUGAAGGCACUUGCCUAUAUCAUUGAGGAAUUGGAACAUUGUGAGACAACUCCUUUCAAUGCAGGUCUCUGCUUCCUCCGAUAUGAAUCUCAAUUCUACUUGUAUGCCUUAUACAACAAGAAUAAGCCAAAGUCAGAUUCCCUAAUGUCAGAGUAUGGAGCUGCUUUCUUUAAGAAGAAGCAGAGGGACUUAGGAGACAAGAUGGAUCUGGCUAGCUAUCUCCUUAAGCCAGUGCAAAGAAUGGGGAAAUAUGCUCUUCUUCUGAAACAACUGCUAAAGGAAUGCCCCUCAAAGAUGACUGAGCAUGCUGAGCUCUCAGCUGCUGAAGAGAUGGUUCGAUUCCAGCUCAGACAUGGCAAUGAUCUUUUAGCCAUGGAUUCCCUUCGGGAGUGUGAUGUGAGUCCCUUCACUGCCUUUCUCACACAACAGCCUGAAUCUAUGAGGGUGAAUCUCAAGGAGCAAGGGCGUCUUCUUCGACAGGAUGAAUUCCUUGUCCAUCAAGGAAAAGGGAAGAAGGCUCUCCGUCAGGUCUUCCUCUUUGAGGACUUGAUUCUCUUCAGCAAAGCUAAGAGGGAUCCAGAGCGGAAGAACUUGGACCUUUACCUUUACAAGCAUAGUAUCAAGACCACUGAUAUUGGUCUGACAGAGAACAUGAAUGAAAACAACACACGGUUUGAGAUAUGGUUCAGGAAGCGGAAGCCCAAUGAUACGUAUACCCUUCAGGCUCCCUCUUCAGAUGUCAAGCUAGCUUGGACAGAGGAAAUCUCCAAGCUCUUGUGGCGGCAAGCACUCCGCAAUCGAGAAAUGAGAUUGGUAGAGAUGUCUUCAAUGGGAAUAGGGAAUAAGCCAUGCCUGGACAUCAAGCCAAGUGAGGACCAGAUCCAUGAUCGACUUGCAUGUGGGAUUGCCUACAUUUUAGCUCCUCCAAGGCUGAGAAGCUGUCAGAGUGAGAAAUACCUUCUGAAGAGGCCAUAUUCUAUUAUCAGCGUGAGUAGCAGUGGAUCAUCAUCUUCUUCAUCUGGCCAUUCUUGUAUAAAUCCUCCACAAGGGAGCUUGAACCUUGGGUUUGAUCCCAAUGAUAGUGAGAGUCCUAGACUGCAUCGAUCCAUUACUCUUCAUUCUCAAUGUUCCAAUGAGAGUGGGAUCAUAGCUGACAUAUCAGCGACAGAUUGUGGAGCAUCAUCUUCUGGCCAUUCCUCUGUCCAUCGUUCCAACAGUUCAGCAACAACCACUUCUCUGGAAUCUACUGCCACUUUAGCCAAUCUGCCUAGUCCCAGCAUGCUUGAAGCCCCUCUUCGGCCCCAGGAUGCACUCAUCACUGAAGUACGUCUGGUUCUCAAAUGGUCAUAA